CUGCCAGUGGGGCGCCGUCCGGCAUGUCUUGUUUAUGGUGAGGGCGGAAUACUCUCCAGCGGCCAAGCUUAGCGAUUCAGAAAAAAACCCCACCCAUCCCACAAAUUAGCGAAAGGAAGACAGACAAGGAGAGACAGACAGAGAGAGAGAGCCAGGGAUGUUGACUUAUCCCUCUGACUCACUCCCUCAGAUAGUUUGUCCAAUGGAUGAAGAUGCUAUUCCCCCAAACCCUUUUUGUAGUGCACCCCCCCACAGUGAACCUCCACCACCCGUCCUCCCCUUUUCCUCCGUCACUCCCAGCCGAGUAAAUGAUGGAAUAUCGGGCAACAGGAGGAGCGGUCGCAUACAAGGGAUUCAAAGUCAAACUCCGAAAAAGCAGAGCAACACAGACAGCAGAGCAGCUCAGAAACCGUCCAGACAGAAUCAGUCCCCCCACAAGAGACCAAGAGACACCAUGGUCCAAGUGUCACAAUCCAAGCAGCCCAGAGUUGAACGCACACAUGGGCCGGAGGAACAAAACGAGGAUGGACUUGAUUUCAGUGUUGCGUCAGAGUACCAUAAGAAGAAAAAGCUGCAGAACGCCCCACUGGAGGAACCAAAUAUCUCUGCUGAAGCAAAUGUAGUUGAGGAGUUUGCUGAAAAUACCUCUGACAUGAGGACUUGCAUAGGAUUGACUGUGGGACAUGCUGUUGAAAGUACGUCUAAGCCGAAGGGAUGGGUGAUCGGCCCGUUGUUUCAGUCAUUCAAGUCAAAGAUGGCCAGUUUUACAGAGAUUGUCAUGAGUCCCGUUAAACUCUUCAAAGCUAAUAGUCCUCUGCCAUCUCUGGACUAUUCACACAACGUCACUGAGUAUGAACCAAGUGCUGACAGAGAGUUUCGAGUUGAGAACCCUGAACAAGGCGAUAUGUUGGAAUUAGGACAAAGCAAUGAUGAUUAUCAGGACGCUAAAACACAUCAAUCAAGCCUCAGUGAUGUAGAGAGCAACAACAAAACUGUUGUUCCUACACAUUCCAGAAGGUUAGAGUUUAACAUGAACAGCUCUGAUCAGGUGGACAAAUUUGCUGUAACGUAUAAUGAAAAAAGCUUAUGUGAUUCUGUGCCUUUGCAACCCAGCCUAGAUUCAAAGGAAACCUCACAAUCUGGUACUGCAUCUUCCUCACUGUCAAGGCCUCCCAUCUGUCAAAGUGCCUCACAUGCAUCCAAGUUGAAAGUGUCAGGCGUCGGUGAGGACCAGAAAGGCAAUCCGGCUACUCAGCCAAAACCACUGCCCAGAAAACACCCGGGAAAAAGGUGCGAAUUAAAUAAGACUCCUGCAUCUGGUGUCAAAAUCAAAUUGGAGAAGCUUCCUCAGAUGAACUCAGUCAAAGCCAAUUCAGCUGUAACUGACAACAGCCAUUAUAGUCCGCCUGACACAGACUGUUUACAGCACCCUGACGACGGCUGCAUCGGUCCAACCUGGAAGCCCAGUUUGGACACUCAGCCGAACACCGAGACUCCUUCAGCUACUGGUCUUAGGAGACCGAAGAGGGGGCUAAAUCUGAACUGUCAUUCCCAAGAGUUGACAAAGAGGAAAAGAGUGACUGCAGACUCAGAGGAGACAAAAAACCAACAGGACUUAGCAACUCUGGAUUCAGAUAGCAGCAUAUUGAAAAGGCCAAAAUCACAAAGAAAGGAUGCAGCCUCGAUAAAUACCACCGUAGAAGGUGAAGGGACACUAAAAACUGGUAGGAAGACGGGUUUAACAAGGGCUAAUAGAAAAUGCAAAGGCGGACAAGAAAUGCUUGUUAAGUUACACGAAGUGUUGCACAAACAGGCUGAAAGUAAACCUGAUACUGAGCGGGAUUGUUCAGAUAAAAGCACUGAUGAUGUAGAUAGCAACCAAAAGGGCAGCAGCAUAAAGGCUAAACCCAGCAGUUCUUCCAAAAGGCCCAAGAAAAGAACCAGUGUUGGUAAAGUGAACGCAAGCACCGAUAACGGAAUGGAUCUAGAAACCACUUUGGCAAUCACUUCUACCAGUCAAACCCAGCAGGAGCCCCUAACACAAGUCUUUCUUCAUCCCUCCGACGUAAAGCAGCUACAGUACAAAAGCAAAGCAACACUUAAACGGAAAGCAAAAACCCAGAGUCCAGCUACAGAAUUAGACAUAACGGUUUCUACCUCAUCAGUUCUAUCAGAGACUUUAGGAGACUCGUCCACAAAUUCAGACUCCUCUCACCGGGUUGAAAGAGAGGAGAGCGGUAAACCAGGACUGAAGACCAAGCUGUCCAAAAGACCCAAAAAAGAGUGUAAAGGUCCUGUUACAUCUUCUCAGGCAGCUGAGAUAAAGCAAUGCAUCAGUAAUGUGACGACCAAAGACAGUCAGGCUGAAGAUGCCAGAGGUAAAAACUCAGUGGAGCCUGUUUAUUUUGAAAUGACGCCGUCUGAAAGUAACGGUCAACCUGAACUGAACUGUCACCAACAAAUUAAUGGGACAGAAAAGUUUGCUAGUUGUCACACAGAGAUGUUAAACGUUGAAACCAACCACAAUAGCAGCGUUGCCGUCUCCAGGAAAAGGUCGAGCACGAGGAGGGUGAGGAGAACAGAUACCCAGAGGAGACGGUGCCGGGUUCUGCACAGUUGGACACAUCACACUGACAACGUGAAGAACUCCGUCACCAUGGAGGAUGCAGACCUGGCUUUGGCAGUGACAGACUCCUCCGGAAAAAACUUUUCAAACCGCUUGUUGCGCAGCUACUCCUGUCCAGAAAUCCCCUCUCUCCGUCUCCAUGACACGCCGUGGAUUAUGCAUUCACCUCAGCCCAGCAGGACCCACACGACACACCAGCACCAGUCCACUCACAGUCCCUUCGUCGCUCAUUUUCACAAAUCGUCGCGGCGUGCUCGUCGACACACCGUCUGCAGUGUGGAGGUGGAGAGAGAGAUUGCCCCUCUGUGCCUCCGUAAGGAGGUUUAUCCGUCCAGGAGAUCCGCCUCGUACGACGGCGGCUCCCAGCACCUGUCCCCGAGUCUCGCGCUAUCUCCCAGCUCUUCCCUCACCGCUCUGGCAUCUUGUUUCCUCUCAAGCCCCUUGGCUUUCCUCUCUAAGAAAUCUGACAGCAGAGGAGUUGUUAGCAGCCCACUCACAUCCAGUCAUGUUUCUUCUCCCACCUCCUCUUCCUUUGCGUCCCCGCUGAGCUCUGCGGCACGCCACCUUCCAGGAUUUCAUCCAAGAACUGACACCUCUGGAGCUUCCUCAGACUCUAGUAUCAGUGGAAAUCCUUUGGACUGUGAGAUUGAGAGACGACCACAGAGUGAAGAAGAGGAGGAGGACGAUGGAGAGGACACGAGCUCCUCCAGCCAGGAGUUUGAAGACGUUGGUUUGAGAGAAGAAAAAGCACUGUCUGACUCGGAAAUCAAGGUGGUUAAAAAGGAUGAGGAGCGGGGGAAGGUGUCGUCCAUAAGAAUUCGAAAAACUUUACCCAAACCUCAGAACAACCUCACACCCAUGGGUUUACCCAAACCCAUCAGGGUGAAAAAGAAGGAGUUUAGUUUGGAAGAAAUUUAUACAAACAAGAAUUUCAGUAAACCCCCGGAAAGUCGACUGGAGACCAUCUUCGAGGUGCCGCUGAGCCGACGGAACGGUUCCGAGUCUUGGUUCGGUCAACGGCGCGUCAAGAGGUUUAUGGAGUUCCUGGAGGUGGGCGAGGUCAGAAAGCCAAAGAAACCACUCGUCGGUGUCGGGAAAGCGGGAAAUUCAACGUCCAGGACGAGACGAGGCGUGUCCCCUAAAGACGAGCCGUCCCUCAGUGUGCAGGACGUGGACUCACUGCUCUGUUCCAAACUGGACCAGCUGAACCUGUGGCUGAUCCACGACCAGACCCAGAGCUGACGGACUGAAGCACACUGGAACGCAUACGACUGUACAGAGUAAUUAAUCCUGCACAUACGUUUUCUAGUGUUCUAACAUCGCACAUGAGUUUUUAAAUUUUUUUUUUAAUCGGUAAAUAUGUGUUUAAUUAUUGGAUUCUGUAGCGUUUGUAUCCUGCAGGUUGAAAAAACACAUCACAGCACCAUAAACCAUAACACAGCAUUAUAUGUGACUUUUUUUUACGCAUUACUGCAAACCUCUACCGUCCAUAUUUCCAUUAGUGAAUAAUCAUCAGCGUCCUUUAUUUAAACACCCCUGUAGUCUCACUGAAUGUUUUUUUUUUUUUCCCCCACAUUUGUCCAGUUCUAUAAACCCCUAUAACCACUGAGACGGUGCCGUUUUGUUACAGUGACUUACCCAUUCUCUUUCUAAAUGAUAAUGCAGAAUUUGUCUGGUUUCUGCUGUUUCUCAUUUAAAAGGAAGGAAGAAGUGUAUUAGAUAUAUAUAUAUAUAUAUGUAUAUGUAUGAGUAGUACUUUGCAGCUUCGUUGUAAGUUAUUUUGUAAAGGCAGCUAUUUUUAAUAAAUGCUGAAAGAACUGUUAAACACGCCGGUGAGAGAUUAGAGCGAACAACCAAGUAUCUGUCCAUGAAGUUUCUGUCCGGUUCAGAGCGUCUGCAGGUAGCGUCCACUUAGAAACUCAUUCGAUGCAGCUCAGGGCAGACCCUGUUUGUUGUGUUUCGUGGAAUUUAAUGGUUAAAGAGUUUUUUUUUUUGCUGUAUAAAAUGUAACAUGGAAAUGGUAAAAACAAAAAAAAAAACAACCCAGAGAGCAUUUGUAAUCCAGACUAGUGUUCAUAUUUGUACUCUCUCUGGAUUGUUUUGUAGUUUAUUAUUCUACGUAUUAUUAUAAAAAUUUCAAAUGCAGCUGUUUUGCGAGACUUCCCGUGUAUACUUUUGUCAUGCCUUUUGCCAAAUUUUAAUGCCUUAACUGUAAGAUUUUUCUGUUGAAAUGGACGUGUUUUUUUUUUGUUUUGUUUUUUUUUUUGUAGGCGUGUUUGUAGCCGUUGCUGUUUUUAAUGAGGGUAUGUCAAGAUGCUUCAAGAACGAGCACAAAACCUUUCUGUUUCUCUUUAUUAUAAAACUGUUUCAACGUUUGUAUAAAAGUACAGCAUACUUAUGUUUGACAUUAAUAAAAGGUAAAAAUGGUAACAAUGCAAUAACGCCAAGAAAAUAACGGCACAAGAGCAGGAACGUCCUAAUGAUGUGAUGAAACUAGGCCAUGAUCACUGCCGUUGAACUCCAGUACAGACCCAAUCCUUGAAUGUUUCGUUCCUUCUGUUUUAUUUCAGAAGAAGUAGUUUAUUCAAUUUAAUCAAUUCUGAAACUAUAUAAUGUAUAAUAUUCAGAUUAAGUAGUUUUUCCUUUGACUGAAAACAAGGAUUAGGUCUUUACUUGUUUAUGACAAUUCUAAUAUAUAAUGUAUACGUGUCGUCUCAAACUAUAGUUAAUGCUGGAUUUUAUAUGGUUGUUAGAUUUGUUAAUAUGUUGUUAAAUAAAUAUAGUGUAUACAUCA